AUGACAGCCGAAGGAAACAAAUGUAAAUUGAAAAAUUUGCAUUGUCGCAUUAUUCAAAUAACGCUCUUUAUUGCUGGAAUCAUAUUAAUACUCUUUGGAAUUUCGAUGAUAUUUCUGACACCAAAUCUCAUCAAUACCAAAAUUCAUCAGCAAAAAAAUAUUGCUCAAAACAAUGAAUUAUAUCAUUAUUGGAAAAAUCCUGAUUAUAAGAUCAAUUCCGAGAUUUUUGUUUACUCAGUGAAAAAUCCACAACAGGUUUUAAAUGGAAAUAAACCAGAAGUUAUCAAAAUAGGCCCAUAUGCUUACAAAGUAAAUUUGGGAAAAAAUAUUGUUGGUUUUGGUGAUGGUUCUAUUAAAUAUCAGAAUGUCCAUAACUUUAUUUUCGACAUGAACGCUUCUUGUGCCGAAUGUUCGCUAAAUCGUGAAAUUUGGAUUCCAAAUAUUGUCUUCCAGAAAUUUGUCGAAAUAGCCUCAAAUCCAAUGACAACUAUAGCACAAGUGGCUCUUACUUCACAACGACCAUUUUUGAAAGUUUCUGUGGACGAUAUUUUGUUUAAUGGAUACGAAGAUCCAUAUCUUGCAAAUAUAUGUCAAAUACCACUUAUGGAUAUAAUUUGCAAAUCGAUAUUGAAAAUUCCGAAUAGGAUUGGCUUCCUGAUGAAUAGAAAUGGAGCACAGAAAGUCAUCGAAAUAUCUACCGGUAGCGAUGAUGGUAGCAUAGCAGCUGGUGAAGUAUUAAAAUGGGAUGGAUUAAAAUUACUACCUGAGGACUGGUGGAAUAGUAAACAAGCUAGGGAAAUUAAUGGGACAGAUGGUGAACUUUACAAACCACUUAUCAAAAAGACUGAUACAAUUUAUGUGUUUGCUCCGGAUCUUUGCAGAACAAUACAUUUAACAUUUGCGGAAGAAAUGGAGUAUAAUGAUAUACCAGCAUAUCGUUUUACGGUAAAGGAAGAUUUGUUGGAUCCAGCGGUACCCAGUAAUGAAGGAUUUUGUCACAAUGAUAGGAAAACAUUCUUUUCAGAAGACGAGGAAUGUCUUCCCAAAGGACUUCUAGAUCUCAGUCAUUGCUACAAUGGUACACCGCCCAUUCUGUUUUCAUUUCCUAAUUUCCUUUAUGCUGAUAAAAGAGUAAAAGAAUCAGUUAUUGGUCUCAGUGAAAGUACGGUACAACAUGAUAGCAUCAUUAUUGAAAUUGAACCGCAAACUGGAACACUUCUUAGGAGUUAUAUACGAUCUCAGAUUAAUAUUGCUAUGUGGAAAGGUCGUGGAAUUCUUUACAGUGCGGAUCUAUUAAGAAUGCAAAAUACGAUAAUACCACUGUUAGCAGAAUAUCAAGUAGUGAAAAUUGGUGACAAUUCAUUAGCGCUUCUCCGCAAAAUGCUUCUACUGAUAAAAGAGGCAGUUGUAUUUCUCUGUUUUAUUCCCAUCUUUGUUGGUAUUCUACUUGUUAUCAUUGCUGUCUUCAUCGAAUUAUUCCUAAAAACGAAACUAAAGAAUAAACAAAUGGGAGAGAAGAAGUGGAACAAAGUGACAGUGCGAGUGCAGCCAUAA